AUGCUGCAUCAUCUAAGAUUAAGAGAAAGCGGUUUAGAAUCACCCUCGAUUCUACCUCGAAUUCAGGCUGCACACCGCCUUUUAUCAAUGGAACUUAGCAAAACUUGCAGUUUCAAGAGAAAAUUUUCUGCUGGGAUCAAUUGCUUAGACUUGGAAUUAGCUGAAGGAAAAUAUUUAUUGACUAGCGGAUCUGAGGGUUUAAUCGUACUUUAUGACUUGGACGACGCAACAAAUGAUGUAUUAUCUGAAUUUCAGCCAGUUUGCGCCGUUGACAGAUCGUCUGCAGCUUGCCAUAAGAAUAGCGUCGAAACAAUCCAGUGGUAUCCACAUGAUACAGGAAUGUUCCUUUCCAGUGGAAUGGAUAGUUUGUUAAAAGUUUGGGAUACGAAUAACCUAGAUGUGGUGGAGGAAUUUAAUAUCCAAAAACCUAUUUAUAAUCAUCACAUGUCGCCAAUAGCAACACAGCAUUACUUAGUGGCAGUUGGAAGUAGGCGUGAGGUAGUAGUACUAUGCGAUUUAAAAUCUGGAUCAAUGACCCACUCUUUAAAAGGCCAUAGAAGUUCUGUUUAUACUGUCCAGUGGUCACCAGCUGAAGAAUAUACGCUAGCAACUGGAAGCCGAGACAACAGAAUUUUUAUAUGGGACAUUCGUCGGGCGUCUGGAUUUGUAGCGGCACUGGACCAAUAUAACGGAGAGCUGCAUACUAGUGCUUCAAAAGCCAGAUCUUGUACUUCUCAUAACGGCGCUGUAAGUGGUAUUCGUUUCACCGAAGAUGGGCGAUUUUUAAUUAGCUAUGGGACAGAUAAUGAACUAAGAUUAUGGGAUGCAUCUAACGGAAAGAAUACCUUGGUCAAUUUUGGAAAAAUUUAUAAUACUUCUUCAAAGGGUUAUAAGUUUUCAUUGUCUUCUGGAGGUUUGUCUGAUUAUGUCUUCGUUCCAUCGGAAGGUAACAUCGCUACCUAUGAGAUACAGACAGGACGACAGUUAUCAACACUUAGAGGGCAUUACAACAAUGUUAGUUGCUGUUGCUAUAAUCCUUAUAGGCAGGAAUUAUACAGUGGCGGUAAUGACAGUAAUAUACUGGUGUGGUCAUGUAAUGAUCACUAUGAAAGAUAUAUUAAAGCCAAAUCUCAAAUGAAAGAGGAAAGAACGAAAGAUUCGAAUACGACAAAUUUUAAAUUUUAUCAGGAUACAUGGAGUAGCGAUGAAGACAAUGAAAAAUAA